AGGAGGGUCUCUAACAGUGGGCCCCACGCUGGCUCCCUUGACCAGUCGCUGGAGUGAGGGCAGGAAGCAGCAGCCCAGACCCUGGAGCUGGAAACCGGAGCUCACAGGAAGGAUCAGUAUUGCGUGUCCCCAACUUGAAGUGAUGACUGUGUCCUGCGGUUUCUGCAGUUUCUGGACUAGGAGACCAUCAUGUUUCUGCUGUUUAUGUGCCUCCUUGCAGCUCUCACUGCAGCUCAGAAAGCUUCCGUCAGAACUUGCUCCAGGUAUCAGAAUAAACUGAACUGCCUGAAUCGUAAUUUUACUGAGAUCCCGCAAGUGCCAACAGACAUCAUCCAGCUCAACUUAAUCAACAACAGAAUCAGGCUUAUUGAAGAGACAUCGUUUUCUCAGCUACUGGUGCAGCUACGGAUUCUCCUCAUUGGAUUACAGACCGAGCCACCACUGCGUGUCAGAGCAAGAGCAUUUAGGAAUCUGCCCAAUUUGAUGUACCUUGAUCUGGGUGGAAAUAAAAACUUGACGCUGGACGUGGAGGCGUUUGCUGGGCUACGGAAACUGCAAAUCCUGUAUCUUGACCACAAUGGUUUGACUGACUCAAUCUUGCAACGGGGACAUUUUAAAAAUUUAAUCUCACUGCACACCCUCAUUCUUGACGGAAACAAGAUCAAGCAAAUCAGACCGGAUUCAACAUUUUCUAGCCUAAGAGCUUUGAAAAAUGUUCAUUUUAAGGCAAAUGUGAUUCGCCAGAUUUGUGAGGGGGACCUGCACAAUGUCCCACGGGGGUAUUUUGAAACAUUCGACAUCUCCUCAAACAGACCCUUGUACGCAAAUGAAAACUUUGACUGGGAGCAGUGCGGGAAUCCUUUCAAAAACAUAAUGCUGAACACAUUGGACAUUUCACAAAUUGGCCUUAAUGUCCACGGGCUGGAGAAGAUGUUUUUAGCUAUGAAAGGAACGCUUAUCAUUCACCUGAAGAUGCAACAUUUGACCAUUGGGAGGUCGUUUGGCUAUAAUAACAUAGAAGAUCCAAACAAUCGGACACUGGCUGGUCUCAGGGACAGUUCUGUUCUGAAUCUGGAUAUGUCCCAUGGCUCCAUCUUUACACUUGCCCCCUAUUUAUUUUCACACUUAACUUUCUUGAAGUUGCUUACAUUAUCUUUCAACAAGAUCAAUCAGAUUGAAACUAACGCAUUCUUUGGCCUAGACUCCCUUCUGCAAUUAAACCUUUCCUUCAAUCUGCUGGGAGAGAUCUACUCAUCUACCUUCGAAGGUCUGAGGAAUGUCACGUUAAUUGACUUGCAGCACAACCACAUUGGAGUCAUUCAGUAUAAUGCGUUCCGCGGACUGAAUCAGCUGAUGACGUUGAACCUUCGAGACAAUGCACUCUCUGUUAUUUCUGGGUUUCACCAUCUCCCACAAAUGGCUUAUUUCUUAGUGGGCCUCAACCGAAUCAGCUCAGUUUAUGGCCUGGAGGCAGUUUCCAGGAGCACCUUUCUUGAUUUCUCAAACAAUGCCUUUACAAACCUCGAUGUUUUCUAUGCCAUCAUGCAACUUCCUUUUGUGAAGCAUCUUUUGUUGAGGGAAAACCGUAUAUCGAAGUGCACGCCUGCUCGAACUGAUAUCAUUCCAAAAAACAAUCAGUUAAUCCACCUUGAACUCUCAAGUAAUUUCCUCGAUUUGGUAUGGACAUCAAAGCAGUGCUGGGAAGUGUUUCAUAACCUGACUAACCUAACUGUUCUUCUUCUCAAUCAAAACUAUCUUACCGAGCUACCACAAGAUAUUUUUAAAGGUUUGGUUUCUCUGAAGAGACUCAACUUAUCAUCUAACUCUCUGACCAAACUCAGUCAGGGUCUGUUUCCCAGCUCACUUGAAAUUCUCGAUCUAUCUGAAAAUCGCCUUGUGUCACCAAACCCAGAUGUGUUCAGUUUUGUGAGUCACCUGGACUUGAGGCAAAACCAAUACAUCUGUGAUUGUGGUCUCAGGGUGUUUAUCGAAUGGUUAAAUACCACGGAGGUGGUCUUGGCGCAACCGUUAACAGAUGUGUACUGUGUGUUUCCAGAUAAUUUACAAGGGACUCCUCUUCUCUCUCUGAGCACUGAUGGGUGUGAUGAAGAUGAUAAUGUGGAAUCCAUACAGUUUGCUCUCUUUGUGUUCUUCACAACUCUAUUACUGACUAUUGGCUCUUGUGUCCUUCUCUACAAUCACUACAGAGGCUUGAUCUACAUCUGGUACAAAAGAACAACAAACAAGAUCAUGAAUGGUCAGAAGGCAGAUGAGGAAGGGAAGGCCUAUAAGUUUGAUGCAUACCUAUGCUUCAGCAGUAAUGACAUUGAGUGGGUGACAAAUUCCCUUCUGCAAUACUUGGACUCCCAGUUCAAUGAGAAGAAUAGGUUUCAGAUGUGCUUUGAAGACCGUGACUUCAUUCCUGGCGAGGACCAUAUUACGAACAUACGUGAUGCAAUCUGGAGCAGCAAGAAGACGGUCUGCAUUGUGACCAGGCAGUUCCUGAAGGAUGGCUGGUGUGUCGAAGCCUUCAAUAUCGCGCAGAGUCGACUUUUCCAUGAACUGAGGGAGGUGAUGGUCGUGUUGGUUGUCGGCAAGCUCCCGGACUACCAGCUCAUGAAGUACCAGCCCAUCAAAGCCUACAUCCAGAGCAGGCAAUACAUGCGCUGGCCAGAAGACCCACAGGACCACAAGUGGGUCUUGGACAGGCUGGCCUACCAAAUUUUGCAGGAACCCAGAAGGAAAAAUGCAGAACUGCAGAAGCCUCUCAGUCGUCUGAAUUUCUUCAGAAGGAAUAAGGCCAAUGACAGCUUUAGAUUGCAACAGGUUGCAACAGUUGCAAGAUAAGAAUGGCCCGCAGGAGAUGCUGGCUGCAGGCCGACUGCAAGAUUAAACUCGAUCUCCUUCUGAAUGGCUCUUCAAAAACAGCAAAGUACGCCACCAACAGGUGACCUGUAGCCUCAACACUUAACUGCAACAAGUCUGCUGUAACAUAAAAACUACCUCAACAAAUGAACCAAUGUGCUCUCAGUACCUCUGAGUCACAGCCCCACCCAGCUCUGCACGCCUUCCGAGACCCAGAGAAAGGCACAUGCCCAACUCACUUCAUUUUUUUUUAAACCGUUGCGACCUUCAUUUGAGUUUAAUCGCCUACCUCCAUCAGGCAGGUACUCUAGCUUAAAUAAAACAAAGAACUGCGGAUGUGAGAGACCUGAAACAAAGGCAGAAAUUGCGGGAGAAGCUCAGCAGGUCUGGCAGCCUCUGUGGGAAAGUAGUGGAGUUUUAACAUUUUUGGAUCCCAUUCUGAAAAAGACUCACUGGAGUUGAAACUGUUAACUCUGCUUUCUUCCCACAGAUGCUGCCAGACCUGCUGAGUUUCUUCAGCAAUUUCUGGGUUUGUUUUGGGUGCUCCAAUUGGUCAUUCAUACAGCUGGCACUGACAGGAGCAUGCCCUUGGCUAGUGAGAUGGAAGGACAGCUGGCUCACAGCUGUACACAAACAUGCAGAGUAUGCGAAGGAGGUCUUGUGCCCCACUGGGUAACCUCUGAGCCUAUAGCUCUCGGUCCCAGUCUGCCUUCAGGUUUGGGUAGCCAAGGAAUAUGCCGUCACAGCACAGAUUCUUAAAGGGAGCGUCCAGUUGGCUUGAUAGCCAGAGCAGAUCAAAUCAUUGCCAUCGACAGGGGGUUUGAGCUGGUUUGGGGGUCACUUCAAGACCCGUGUUCUUUGGCCUCCUUGGUUUCUGUGCUAUAGGUUGUCAGAAAACUGGAGAGAUCACGUCGUCCAUAGGAGCCAGGGUUAGUUUCAUCAGUUCACUUGAUCAGUGGAGAUUUUGAAAGCAUGUGGAUUAUCUAUUACCUAAAAAGCAAAGAUGGUACUAAAUCGAACAAUCUAUUUGACCCAAUAGUCUCCAUGGGUGUUUAUCUGCUACAUGAGCAGUAAUUAUGAAUGCUACAUGCCUGCUGUCCCUUAUAACUGAUAUUAACCAUUCUGUUGAACACGUACAAAACUGAUUUUUAACCACUGACAUUAUUCUCCUUUAAACACUGACUCCAGGGCAGCAUUCCACUGUCCGGAACCUUCUGUGUAAAAAAAGUAGGAAUUUCUUCUGCUGCCUGGCUGUAUUCCAUUGAUCUUGUAGCUUCUGGUGGCAUUAACCUCUCAACAAGCAUUCGGCAUGUUGAGCCCACUUCACUAUUCAGUAAAAUCAUGGCAGAUCUGAUUGUCACCUCACACUCACAUCCCGGUCCCCUUUCAUCCCGCACAUAACAAGAAUCUAUCCAACAACGCCAUAAAAAUAUUCAACGACUUCCCUUUGACCACCUUUUUCAGGAAGAUCAGUCCCAAGACUUAUGAUCAUCUAGGAUAAAAACAUUUCACCUCACCUCUGAUCGGAAUAAGUGGCCACUCAUUUUUAAACAAUGAUCUGCAAUCUCCCACAAGAAGAAACAUCCUUUCCACACCUACCCGUCAAGACCCCUCAGGGCCUUAUAUGUUCUAAGCCCCACCAGUUACAAGCCCAGCCGAUCCAACCUCUCCUCAUAAGAUACCAGCCCAUUACCAUUCUUUGCUGAACUGCUUCUAAAGCAGCUACCAACACCUUUAAAUAAGGUGACUAACACUGUGUGUGGUUUUCCAGACAUGCAGUCAUCAAAUAUCCAUGAAACUGAAGCAUAACCUCCCCACUUUUGUAUUCAACUCCCUAUCGCGAUAAAUGAGAACAUUCUAUCAGUUUUCUGACUUACUUGCUGUACCUGUGUACAAACCUUUUCAGCAGGCUGACCAACGAUAGUAGAUUCGCCAACUUUAGGUACAUUUAAGUCGUCAUUGGAUAAGCGUAUGGAUGUACAUGGAAUAGUGUAUGUUAGAUGGGCUUCAGAUCGGUAUGACAGGUCGGCACAGCAUCGAGGGCCGAAGGGCCUGUACUGUGCUGUAAUGUUCUAUGUUCUAUGACCAGAUGCCUCUGUAUUUCAGAGCUCUGCAAUCUCUAACCCUUCGCACAAUAUGCUCAUUUAUUAUAGUUCCUGCCAAAGUGGAAAUUUUCACAUUUUCCCACAUAAUACUGCAUUCGCCAAUUUCUUCUGCCUCAUCAUUUAACUGAUCAAUGUCUUUUUGCAGCUUCUUAUAGUCUUUGUGAAUUAAUUUCUGAACGAUCUCUGUGUCAUUAGUUGAUGGCAACUGGACCAUCUGGCUCUUUAGCCACCAAGUCAUUUCUCUAAAUGGUUACCAAUAGCAAAGGUGUCACAUUCACUGUGUUCCAAACUGAUGGACCUUCCCUGAAUCAUGGGAGCUUUGGAAAAUUAAAUCAACAAUCUCACUAGCCACUUCCUUUAAGACCCUAGGAUGAAGCCCAUCAGGACAUGGUCAGCCCACAGCUUUGACAAUUCAGUUCCAAUCAUUGAAAUCCAUUUUGUUCCAUCCUUUGAUAAGUUUAAACGCCUCUUGUUCAAUUGUUCCAUUCCUCUGCUUUAAUGAAGCCAGCUCGUUUGUUAAGUCUAUGUUUUUAUUUCCUUACAGUUGGCAGCUUCCUCUCUGUUAUACCUUCACUGUUGCUUUAACAUUUUUCCUGUUGUGUGGGGCCCUUAAACUGCACACAGAAUUCUGGUUGUGGUUUGAACAAAGGUUUAGUAAAGGUUCAAUGCUCAUUCUGACUUUAAUGUUUCAUAAUUUUUAUCAUAAUGAAUCAAACUAAUAGUUUCCAUGCAAAACGUGGGUCUUGUUUUAGCUGCUGAUUUGGAAUUGUAGAAUUUUAUGGUGCAGAAGGAGGCCUUUCUACUUAUUGUGUCUGUACUGGCUCCUCAAGGAACUGCCCAGCUGGUCCCAAUCUCCAGCCCUAUCUCUGUAGCCCUCUAAAUCCAUUACUUUCAAAUAUAUAUCCAGCUCCCUUUUGAAACCUCCUAUCGAAUUCGCCUCCACUCCUCCCCCAGGUAGUGCAUUCCAAACCCUAACAAUUCUGAGUGAAGAGGUUCCUCCGCAUCUCACUUCUAGGUGACAGUCUUGACAUUGUGACCCUCCAUCCCCCACCCCGGUCACUGGCACAGUAGUAAUGGUGUGUGCUGGAGUCAUCCAGGUGAAACUGAGGAAGAUACUUUUCUCCUGCCCCCAGUCAUUUCUGCAGCCCCUCAAGCUCACCCCAUCCCUCAGAUAUGUGACUACGAAGUAGCACCUUGGCCUGAUGUUCCAUCAGUUCUUCUGGAAGUGUGUCUGCUACUUUCCCUCUCUCUACAUCUCUUAAAUCUGUCAAGGAUAUGAAGUCACUUCUCACUGUGGACCCACCGUACAGCUCACUAUGUCAUGUUGGUUUCCCCAGCGUCAGUUAGUAUCCCCAUUCCAGUGGGCCAGAGUAAUGUGUUCCCUCCCAUUUGCGGUCUGGAUGAACUGCCCACCCAUGUUGAAGAGAUUUUAUGUGAGAAUUGUAAGACUGUGAAACAUUUUGUGUUCUGUGUGAUUGUACUGUGAGGUGAUCCCCUGCUCCAUUUGCCUCUUUGCUAAAGACUGUUACUAUAUUGACCUGCGAAAAUGGAUUAGGUUGGAAUUUGCCCAGUGUGGAAACUUUGCUUAAAACCAGAAAUGCCUCCAGUGAAUUUUGCUCCACAACUGAGAUUUCGACCCAAAUGUGACGCUUUUGAUUCUUAAAUGUGGGUAGAAAAUUUAAUUGAAACAUAUAAAAUAAUCAGAGGGUUAGAUAGGGUGGAUAGGGAGAGCCUUUUUCCUAGGAUGGUGACGGCGAGCACGAGGGGGCAUAGCUUUAAAUUGAGGGGUGAAAGAUAUAGGACAGAUGUCAGAGGUAGUUUCUUUACUCAGAGAGUAGUAAGAGAAUGGAACGCUUUGCCUGCAACGGUAGUAGAUUCGCCAACUUUAGGUACAUUUAAGUCGUCAUUGGAUGAGCAUAUGGACGUACAUGGAAUAGUGUAGGUUAGAUGGGCUUCAGAUCGGUAUGACAGGUCGGCACAACAUCGAGGGCCGAAGGGCCUGUACUGUGCUGUAAUGUUCUAUGUUCUAUGUUCUAAAAUGGGAACUUUAUUUUUUUAUAUCCUACUUUUGUAUAUGUCCUUUUAUAUCCUACAAUAAACGUUGUUAUAUUUUACUGAAUAAAAAAUGUGAACAUUUCAACCAGCUUUCCUGUGAAGUCCUGCAGCACACUUUGUGUUCUUGUUAAGGCUGUGUGUCACAGGUAUGUAGCCAUGUAUCCCUGUAUUGUAUAAGUCAGCAGCAGCUCAUUAGGCUGAACUGAGAGUUUGGGGAAAGUAGUGGUGUCAUGAUGUUAUCACUGGACUGACAUUCCAGACCUCCAGGCUAAAAUUCUUGGGCCAUGGGUUCAGAUUCCACUCAAGUAUGAGUAGUGACACUUGAAUUUAAAAUCCACUGAAUGGUGAUCACAAAAUUCCCAUCUGAUUCUGAUUUUUGACAUCCUUGAAAGAAGGAACUCUGCUGUCAUUACCUGGUCUGGCCUACAUGUGUCUCUAGACCCACAGCAAUGUGGUUAAACAUUAAACUGGCCUCUGAAAUGAUCUAACAAACCUCUCAGUUCAAGGGCAAAUAGGGAUGAGCAACAGAUGCUGAACUAGUCAGCGGAGUGUGGAUGAAUGUAGACAAAUGAUUGACUCUCCUAUGAAAGGCGCUGACUUAGAGAAAAGACCCAGCAGCCAUUAGGUUGAGGAGUGACGGGAAAGACCUGUCUGAAAAAUUAUUUUUCAACCAUGGAAAGGAUCAAAGAAACAUUGAGGCCAGCAGUGUCCAUGGGUCACAGUCACAAAUGUCCUAAUUAAGCCGUAACAUCACUCAACCUGGGAAAAUCACAGCAAAUGUGUAUUCACCAUUCUAAUGAGUAAUUUUCAUCAAAGAUGGAGAGCCCCCAUAAAGUAGUCCUCAGUUUCUGUACCUUAUGUACAAGUGUACAAGUCCUCCUCUCCAGGUCUCUAUCCAUGUAGGUUUCUAAUCCUCACGUUAUGUUCAUGGGAGGAGGAAAGUAAAUACUUACUUUUCUGCAGUACCAUAUAUCACCUCAGAAUAUCCCAAAGUGACUUGUAGCCUUCACUGAUUUUUCAUCAUUUUUAUCCUUUUUAUCAAUUUUGCAUUAUAAGCUGGAAAUGACUGAUGGGCUUCAGGACAACAUAGUGUUAAAAAGACAAGAACAUAUCAAACAAGCUUUGUUUAUUUAUGAGGCCAGGCCUGGAGGCUAAUUGCAAGCUGAGUCCCGACUUAAAAGGUUCUAACAGAAACAAUAACGGGAAAAGCAUUACAUUUAAACUGCUAGCAGAAGUUGCCUAUUAAGAAGGUCAAUAGCUGGAAAUUGGUUCUGGCAAGUCUGAAAGAGACCCUGCAUUCAGCAGAUGACAGCUGUUAAAUGGUAAUUGAGACCUCAGAGAGAGUCGAUUAGUCUAUCAGGGUGGAACCAGGAGUGAAGUAGUUUGUUUUUCUGAGCUAUGUUUUCUGAGAGAUGGUUCUGGGCUGCUGCUGCGACAACAUGGGCAUUUGAAAGCUCACUGUGCAAUCAGAUGCAUCAGUUUUUGAAAGCCCAAAGAGUAGAAAACUGAGUUGGAAGUUUUAGCUGCCAUUGCCUAGGUGAACUGAGGAAGUAUGAAAUAGCGUAUUGUGAAAGCAGUUUAAAUGAUCUGGCCAAUCUUGUUAUUUUAUUUAUUCUUUAGUUGUUUGUUUGUCUGUAUUUCGUGUAUUUGGGAGCUGGCUGGAAUCAAAUGUUUUGGGAUUAAAGCACAGACAUUAAUCAGUUUAUUGUGAUUCUUAAUUUUCUGUCUGCUAUUGUUAUUUUCUGUCUAAUAAAUAGUUAAAAUUUAUCUUUGAGAUACAAAACCAGUUUCUGGAAAUUAAUCAUUCAUGAAGUCUGGGAUUGGUUAGGCAAAAGUCUGGUCAGGAACUGUUGGAAUAAUUAUUGGGGGACUUUGAUGGUUUAGUUUUACCAUGCUGUGAAUACAGAAGUAGAAAGUCCACUUUGGUUCAGCCACUCAUCUCUGUGUUGUAAC